AUGACUGAUACAGAUGAAUCCCAGGCUUCUGGCUCAGAUUGCCCUGAUGCCCAAGAGCUGAUAUGCAACCAACAGAAGAAAGAACUGUGUAAGGUACAUGUGUGUGAAACAAAUAGGCGAACAAAGUCUUCAAGGCAGAAGAAUGCUGCUGCUGACCAGUCUUCAGAUGAGCUUAACAGUAUAUGUAAAUCAGCUGCUUCAGCUGAGGUUUUACUGGACAGCAGUGGUUCAGAAAUUGAUCUCUCUGCUGCUAGUGGCAGUGAGUACCAUCCUAAGUGCUCCAUUGCACCUUCAGAGCAAAAAAGGAGAUCUCAAGCUUCAAGGCAACAAGCUGAAUCUGUUGCAGGAGUGUCUGAGAGUGAAAGCUCUUCAGAUCUUUCUCUAUCCCCUCCAAGUCCAGUGAAAUCGUCUGAAACUCCCCAGAAGCAGAAGUCAAAACUCAAUUUGAAAGCCAUUUUUGCCUAUCACUUCAGAGGAAAGAAGUUUAAGGCUGCUGCACACCGAAAAUACAGAGGUGGCUCAGGGAAGAAGAAGAAGAAGUAUGAAAGCACACAGAUGCCUACAGGGAGGCCGCCCCUAACAGCCUCACCUCAAGAGCAAAAGAGAAGGCUUCUAGACAGAGGUUAUCAAUUCCCUUUUGUUGAAAAACAUUAUGGGAAGAAACAUAUUCCCUUAAAGAUGGUUCUUGGCUAUGAGCAAGCAGCUGCAAAAGGCUAUUUCAAGUACAUUGAAGUGCUUAAAUACGAAGAACAUCUUAAAAAAGCUUUACAAGACCUUCAGGCUAGUGAAGACUUAGAAAGAGAAUGUCUGAUGGUACGGAAACACAAAUAUUUAGAUGAUGAAGGCCCCAUUUCCCCUAUUCAGGAGACAAAUGAUGAUGAUGACAACUUGAAUUCUGAUAAUCAAGAUGGCCUUGAUGCCAGAGUAGUGGAGAACAGCGCUUUCAUUAUAAGCAGCAAAAUUCCCAGUAAGAAGAAAUCAAAGCCCGAAACAAAACGUGCAAAAUCAACUGAAGUUAUUGAAAUAGAGGAGGAAGAAGACUAUGCUGCUGAGAACUCUGGGCUUCUGCAAGGUUUACCUAGGAGAACAGAAAACUAA